AUGCCCAAAUAUUAUGAAGAUAUUGAAGAGAUCAGCAAGAAGAAGAACUAUGCUUGUCAAAAUGUCCGAGAUGAUCUCCUUGAGUGUUUGCUCAAAGUGACUUGUAUGAAUGACGAACAUAUCAAGGAUGAAUGUGUGAGGCUUAGAGUAGCAUUGUUUGAAUGCCAGCGGUGUAUGUUGGAUGUGCGGACUAGAUUAAGAGGGCGGAAGGAUUAUUAG